UGUUUUAUUAUAGGAUUUAAUCCAGCUAUUCCUGGUUAUCCUCGUUACAGUAUGGUUGUAGAUGAAGAAAGAGGAGUUUAUAAUCUUAGAAUAAGGAACACCAAUAUGGAUGAUGAAGCUGAAUAUCAAUGCCAGGUAGGGCCAGCUCCUAAUAAUCAACCUAUACGUGCCGCUGCUAAGAUACACGUUCUUGUACCACCUAAAAGGGUAGAUAUUGAAGGAAGAACAAAUGGUAGCACAGUGGAUACAAGAGAAGCGGAAAGAGUUACUCUCACUUGCACAGCUCGCGGAAGCAAACCAUCAACUACUUUAAAAUGGUUCAAAAAUAGCAAAGAAAUAAAAUCAGACACACCCCAGACGACGGUCGAAACCAUCAAUGAUAAUCUUCAUAACAGCAUGAGUACCAUCACUAUUUAUCCUAAGAUGGACGAUAAUGGAGCAAUAUACACCUGCGAGGCCGUCCACGUGGCUCUACAAAGACCUUUAAAAGCGAUGGUUACCAUUAGUGUUCUAUUUCCUCCUGGCCCUCCGGAAAUAGAAGGCUAUCAAGAUGGUGACAUUGUGCAAGUUGGUGAUAAGUUAACUUUGGCUUGUAUUUCUCGAGGAGGAAAUCCGCCAGCACGACUUGUAUGGUACAGAAAUGAUGUCCAGGUUGAUGUGACAUACACGACAAGUGGAAGAGAAGCAACUAACACUCAUACUUUCACCGUAACCACUGCUGAUAACAAUGUAGUGUAUCGAUGCGAGGCGUCAAAUUCGGUGACUCAUCAUCCUUUGAUAGCUUCUGUGAAGCUUACUGUAUUUUUUUCUCCCUCUAGAGUAACGAUUAACGGUCCAAAAGAAGGUAAAGUUGGAGAUUCUGUAAGUUUGACGUGCACUACUGGAUCAAGCAAUCCACCAGUGGACAUUUCAUGGAUUGUUGAUGGAAGACCAUUAAUGUCUGCUCAUUCGGUAACAACUGAUGAAAAUGGAGGAUGGACUACAACAUCAGUUAUAAACGUCACUCUUACCAGGCAGGAUCCCGAUACAAAAACCUUUUCUUGCUACGCAGUAAGUGAAGCUUUGGGUGACACAGUAGUUCAAACAGCAUCAUUAACGAUUGUUUAUCCGCCUAAUCCACCGACAAUUAUCAAAGACGAUGAAAAUAAACCUUUAAAAUCAGGAGAUUUAUAUCGACUUAAUUGCUUAGUAUUAGGAGGUAAUCCAUUCGCAACUGUACGAUGGUUCAAAGGUGAUAAAGAGAUUAGGGCAAUAUCUACAAACACCGGAAGUGGGAUCAGUAGCGAAUUGGUGAUUAGAGCCGAAUCUAGCGACAAUGGCGCCAUCUAUCGGUGCGAAGCGUCAAAUCCAGCAACAAUUCGUCCAUUAUCUGCAUCUAUUACAACAGAAGUGACAAUGAUCUGCGAGUCUGGAUCAAGUAAUCCGGAAGCAAUAAUACAGUGGUGGAAAGAUGGCGAUCCCAUAGUUGGGCAGCACGAUGGAGCAGUAGAUUCAAUUUAUGGUGGAAAAUCUACAAGAAGCAGAAUAAAAUUUAACGUUACUUCAGUUGAUGAUGGUUCUGUUGUUACUUGUCAGGCUACAAAUUCUGCUGUUCAGAAAAGUGUUCAUGACACCAACAUUCUUAGAGUGAUGUAUAAACCGGAAUUUUUAAAUCCUCCAUUAGAGAAAUAUGAUGUAGUUGAAGGUGAAUCUACUGUAAUCAACAUAACAGCAAGAGGAAAUCCUCCAAUUAUCACUUAUUCCUGGACCAAAGAUGGUGUACCUUUGUUGGAUGUUAGCGAAAAUUACGCAAGUGGUCUCAGCGGAUAUACAGGGCAUAGAAUUGUGUUUAGGGGUGCAUUAUUAGAAAUUGAACACGCUACAAGGGAAGAUGCUGGCGAAUAUGAUUGCGAAGCUUCUAACUCUGAAGGAAUUGGGAAAACUUCUAUUAUGUUAAACGUUCUAUAUCAAGCUAGUGUCAUAAAAGUGACAAAGACUGCCAUCGCCGAUGCUGGUGACAAUGCUUACUUUGAAUGUGUGGCAACAGCGAAUCCUUUAAGUAACGAUGUCAUAAAGUGGAGAAGAAAAGGCUUUGAUAUGAGCAGAACACAGGAGGUAGCUGAAAGAGGUAGAUCAUAUUUGACAGUUUUGAAUGUCAGUAAAGAAGAUAUUGGAACAUUUGAAUGUGUGGCUUACAAUGGUGUAGGAGAUGAAUCAAUUGGACGAGCGCAGCUGAUUGUCAAGUUUAAGCCGAAGAUUCAUCUUCCAAAAAAUCUUUUGAAUGUUGCCGGAGAUAUUGGAGAAACGGCUAGAUUGGUGUGUUUAGCUGACGGUGCUCCCGACAUUAGUUUUGUAUGGUCCUAUAAUGGAGGUAUAAUUGGAGAUAAUUUUAGCAGUGAUAAAUAUGCUUCUCAAUCAACGCAAUUAACUGAAAUCAAAUGGGAGAGCGUGCUAUUUGUAAGAAACUUGAAAAUAAAUGAUUUUGGACAAUACGCGUGCGUUGCUCGAAAUGAAUUAGGACACGACCAUAUGAAAUUAAAAUUACGCAAGAGAGGUAGACCCGAUCCUCCCGAAUCGUUACGUGUUGUAAAUAUUACACACGAUAGCGUCAUUCUUAGUUGGAUUCCUGGUUUCAGUAGUGGUUUGCCACAACAUUUUCGAAUAAAAUAUAAGAAAAGUGGUUCUAAAGAAUUUAUUGUUACGAACGUUGUUCCUUCUAAUUCGACGGUUUACGGAAUUAAAAACUUAGAACCCGGUACAGAAUAUGUGUUUGCAGUGGUAGCUCGAAAUGCCUUAGGUGAAAGUGAAAUUCAAGAGAAAGAAACAAUUACUUUUACUUUAACGGAAGGACAUAAUUUCAGAGAUUCAGCUAGUGCAUCUCUAGAUGCUUUCAGUGGAGAAGAAGGCGAAGUGCCUCGUUUAUUACUCGUUAUAGUGUCUCUAGUUGGAUCAGUUCUACUCGUUCUAAACGUGAUUCUCGUUAUUUGUUUUAUUCAGAGAAGGAAAAGAAGACAACAGAGAGCUAGUGCAGCGAAUGAAAGUGAAAAAAGUGAAACAACGCUGACUCCAUCCGAUUCACUUAUGUACACACCUAGCAAGUAUCAGCAAACAAUCAACGGGGAAGCGUUAUGCCCACUGGAUGAGAUGGAAGAUAACUGUCCAGAAGAACUAAUGAUGAAAGAAAUCGUGGAAGAUAGCGAUGGAACGGUCAAUUCUAAUCAUAAAUUAAUAACGGUUAAUGAAUUGGAUUGGAACGAAAAACACGACAAUGAAAAGAAAUAUUGUAGAGAAGAGGAAAAUUGUCCAGAUAUUUUAAGAAAUAGGAUUGAAGAUUCUAAAGAAUACUGCAAUAACCAAAUGGCUCAAGUAUCUCCUGAAAUGCGUUAUGUGAAAUGUCCAAUUCCAUUACCAGGAACAAUUGCCAAAUCUCGUGGACGUGUUUCCAUACAAGAUUCAAUAAACUCAAAAACUGCUAAUUCUGGAAAACAAGUCAGUUGUGUAAUGGGAAAAGUUGGAAGUCACAUGGUUUGAAAUGAAAAUGCUCAUCAAUUAUAAACCGUCAAAGAUUUCAACAGUGUAGUGCUGGUUUCUACAACUGUUGAUUAAAAAAAAUAUUCUGCAGAUGAUUAUAAUAAUCUAUAUACAAGAAACUUGCAAUAAACGUCCAAGAACUGCAUGAUGUUUGAUAUUAGGCUAAAACUUUUCGAAUGAAGUUUGAAGAAUGUACUGGUUACAAAAACUUCCAAUUUCUUUUAUAUAUUUCCGUUUUUAUAUUGUUUUUAAAUUAAGGCUGGAAUUGUGCAAUAAGACUUUUGUAACGAAACGAAUUAAGUGUGGUGAAGAAAAUUUUAACUUGAAUGAUAUUUAAUAGUAAUUUGGAAAACAAA